AUGUCUCCAUUCGUAUGCGUCGCCAUCCUGUUGCUCGCACUGGUCUCGCCCUCGCCGGCAGCAGCCAGCAUCCCCGGCACUAGCAACAAUGGCGCCGCCGUCGCCGCCCCUAGCGUGCCCACGGUGACGCAGUUCCUGCAGGCGCACAACGACGCGCGCCGCGAGGUCGGCGUGGCACCCCUGACGUGGAACUCGACGCUGGAGCAGGACGCCGAGAGAUACGCGGGCCGGCUUGGUAUCCGCUGCAAGCUGGAGCCGCUGAAUGGGUACAACGAUGGCGCCGCCGUCACUGGCUCGUGGGUGUACGAGCGGCAGUCGUACGAUCACCGCGCCAACACGUGCGCGCCCGGCAAGGUAUGCGGGUCCUACACGCAGGUGGUGUGGAACACCACGCGAGAGCUCGGCUGCGCCCGCCGCACCUGCCGGAGCAGCCGCGAUACCGUGGCUGUUUGCAGAUACUUCCCUCCCGGCAACUACCGCGGCGUUCCGCCAUACUGA